AUGCUUGUGCAUGCUCUAACACUGACUGUGCUGGUCAUACUUCUGUUGGAAGUGCAACUUUUGGAGACCGCGAGUGAGUUCAGAAGUGCCUUGGAAAGAGAACUUGGAGAGCAGGUGCACCUCGAUAUUUCAGUCAACUGUCCAGAUACUAAAGGAGGUCUGAAUAGCGCUCAAAGAACAGCUAUAUUAAAUUCAAUCAACGAUGUGCGGCGAAAGGUAGCCAAAGGAAAUCCCAAGCUUUUGCAUCCGGAAGCACCGACUGCAACAAAGAUGAACAAAUUGAAGUACAGCUGCGAUUACGAGAAGAAGGCUCUAAAGUUCACUGAAAGCAAAAACGACAACAGCGGCGGAUGGAUCAGACAUACGAGCCAGUUCCGCGGAAACCUUGAUCGAGAGCUGCCUAAAAUGUUCGAAGAAUAUGCAAUGAAAGUUGGCGUUGCCAGUAUAGCUCACGAUAUGGCAAAGUAUGUAGGCUGCGCAGUGAAGAAAAACAAAAACGCAACCUUGACGGUUCACUGCAACUUUGACAAAGGGUGGAAUUACCGUAAAACGAAACAGCCUUUUGUUGAGACCGGUGUGUUGUGUUCCAAAUGCGCUCCUCAUGGAACACGUUCGUGCGAGGAUGGUCUAUGCAAAGUGUAA